AUGCAUGCCCCAAUACUUAAAAACGGCAGUGUACCUGGUAACUCAUAUGGCCUGCAGAAAUUUACAGUUCCUGCGCCCUCAUGGUACGAUUACAAGUUACGAUGGGAGCCCAAGGAGUACGGAGGUGUUCAUAUGUUACAUGUGCCGUCCGACCACAUAUGGCGGCCCGACAUAGUCCUCUACAACAACGCGGACGGCAACUUCGAGGUGACCUUGGCCACGAAGGCCACCAUCUACCAUCAAGGAUUGGUCGAGUGGAAGCCCCCUGCCAUUUAUAAGUCAUCCUGUGAAAUCGACGUGGAGUACUUCCCAUUCGACGAGCAGACCUGCGUCCUCAAGUUCGGUUCGUGGACCUAUGACGGCUUCAAGGUAAACUUGCAUGGUAGCCGCUAA